AUGUUUGCCUCUUCGCUUCGCACAGGCACGUCAGCUACCAGGCUAUCACAGCUUACACGACAAUUCACGACUACCUCAAGAUUGGCAUACAAUGGCACACAAUCGACGCUCAACACGGGCGCAAAGAUCCCAGCCAUUGGUUUUGGCACUUGGCAAGACAAGAACGCCCAGGAACCAGCCGUCGCCAAGGCACUGAAGGCCGGGUACCGCCAUAUCGAUACAGCCCGCAUCUACGGCACCGAGCCUGCAGUGGGCAACGCGAUCAAAAAGUCCGGCAUUGCGCGCGAGGACAUCUUCCUUACGACCAAGCUAUGGAACAACUCGCACCACCCAGACGACGUCGAGAAAGCACUUGACGCGUCUCUGAAAGAUCUCGGCACCGACUACGUCGACCUGUACCUCAUGCACUGGCCAUCCCCAUUUGCGCGCAGCGACGACAUGUUCCCCAAAGACAGCGCGGGCAAGAUCAAGCCAGGGUCCUCGGACUACGUCGACACGUACAAGGCGAUGGAGAAGUGUUUUCAAUCUGGCAAGGCGCGAGCCAUCGGCAUCUCCAACUUCAGCCGUGCCGAGCUCGAGCGCCUACUCAGCUCCACCUCGGUCGUGCCCGCAGCGCACCAGAUCGAAUGCCACCCGUACCUGCAGCAGCGGGGGUUCACGCAGUGGCACGCCGAGCACAACAUCCACGUGACGCAGUACUCGCCCUUUGGGAACCAGAACGCCAUCUACGACGCGGGUGCGGGCAUGGGCAAGCUGAUGGACGACCCCGUGCUCGUUGAGAUUGGCAAGAAGCACGGCAAGUCGGGCGCCCAGGUUGCGCUGGCGUGGGGCAUUGCGCAGGGCCACAGCGUGAUUCCCAAGAGCAAGACACCGUCACGCAUUGCGCACAACCUCGAAGGCGAUUUUAGGCUGCCGCAGGAGGACCUUGAGCGGAUUGCGGGGAUUGAUAAGAAGAUGCGGUUCAACGACCCGUCGGACAAUUUUGGGUGGGCGUUCUACCAAGAUCUGGACGGUAAGAAGAAGUAG